CAGCCACGGCCGCGCCCCGGGCACGCUCGGCGGCGCCCAACGAUGACCGCUCCCUGGCGGCGCCUCCGGAGUCUGGUUUGGGAAUACUGGGCCGGGCUCCUCGUGUGCGCCUUCUGGAUCCCGGACUCGCGCGGGAUGCCCCACGUCAUCCGGAUCGGAGGAAUCUUUGAGUAUGCAGAUGGCCCCAAUGCCCAGGUCAUGAAUGCUGAGGAGCAUGCCUUUCGAUUUUCUGCCAACAUCAUCAACAGGAACAGGACUCUGCUGCCCAACACAACCUUGACCUAUGAUAUCCAGAGGAUUCACUUUCACGACAGCUUUGAGGCCACCAAAAAGGCCUGUGACCAGCUGGCGCUGGGCGUGGUGGCCAUCUUCGGGCCGUCACAGGGCUCCUGCACCAAUGCGGUCCAGUCCAUCUGCAAUGCCCUGGAGGUGCCCCACAUUCAGCUGCGCUGGAAACACCACCCCCUGGACAACAAGGACACCUUCUACGUGAACCUCUACCCUGACUACGCCUCUCUCAGCCACGCCAUUCUCGACCUGGUCCAGUACCUCAAGUGGCGAUCGGCCACCGUGGUCUAUGAUGACAGCACAGGGCUUAUCCGGCUGCAGGAGCUCAUCAUGGCCCCAUCGAGGUACAACAUUCGCCUGAAGAUCCGCCAGCUCCCCCUCGACUCUGAUGACUCACGCCCCCUACUCAAGGAGAUGAAGCGGGGCCGCGAAUUCCGCAUUAUCUUCGACUGCAGCCACACCAUGGCUGCCCAGAUCCUCAAGCAGGCCAUGGCCAUGGGCAUGAUGACGGAGUACUACCACUUCAUCUUCACCACUCUGGAUCUCUAUGCAUUAGACCUGGAGCCCUACCGCUACUCAGGGGUGAACCUGACGGGGUUCCGGAUCCUCAACGUGGACAACCCCCAUGUGUCGGCCAUCGUGGAGAAGUGGUCCAUGGAGCGGCUGCAGGCGGCUCCCCGGGCAGAGUCCGGCCUGUUGGACGGAGUGAUGAUGACUGACGCGGCCUUACUGUACGACGCUGUCCACAUCGUGUCCGUGUGCUACCAGCGGGCACCCCAGAUGACUGUGAACUCCCUGCAGUGCCAUCGGCACAAGGCCUGGCGCUUUGGCGGCCGGUUCAUGAACUUCAUCAAGGAGGCUCAAUGGGAAGGAUUAACUGGACGGAUUGUCUUCAACAAAACCAGUGGCUUACGGACGGAUUUUGAUCUGGACAUCAUCAGCCUGAAGGAGGAUGGCCUGGAGAAGGUCGGGGUGUGGAGUCCCUCGGAGGGGCUCAACAUCACAGAGGUCGCCAAAGGCCGAGGCCCUAAUGUCACGGACUCCCUGACGAACAGGUCACUCAUCGUCACCACCGUGCUGGAGGAGCCCUUUGUCAUGUUCCGGAAGUCCGACCGGACCUUAUUUGGGAAUGACCGCUUUGAGGGCUACUGCAUCGACCUGCUGAAGGAGCUGGCCCACAUCCUCGGCUUCUCCUAUGAGAUCCGGCUGGUGGAGGACGGCAAGUACGGGGCACAGGAUGACAAGGGCCAAUGGAACGGCAUGAUCAAGGAGCUCAUCGACCAUAAGGCAGAUCUGGCCGUGGCCCCCCUGACCAUCACCCAUGUCCGCGAGAAGGCCAUCGACUUCUCCAAGCCCUUCAUGACGCUCGGUGUCAGCAUCCUGUAUCGAAAGCCCAAUGGCACCAACCCUAGUGUCUUCUCCUUCCUCAACCCACUCUCCCCAGACAUUUGGAUGUACGUGCUCCUUGCCUACCUGGGUGUCAGCUGUGUCCUCUUUGUCAUUGCCAGGUUCAGCCCUUAUGAGUGGUACGAUGCUCAUCCCUGCAACCCUGGCUCCGAGGUGGUAGAAAACAACUUCACUCUCCUCAACAGCUUCUGGUUCGGCAUGGGGUCCUUGAUGCAGCAAGGGUCAGAGCUGAUGCCCAAAGCCCUGUCCACGCGCAUCAUUGGUGGCAUCUGGUGGUUCUUCACGCUCAUCAUCAUCUCCUCCUAUACGGCCAACCUGGCUGCCUUUCUGACCGUGGAGCGCAUGGAAUCGCCCAUCGACUCUGCCGAUGACCUGGCCAAGCAAACCAAAAUCGAGUAUGGUGCUGUCAAAGACGGGGCCACCAUGACCUUUUUCAAGAAAUCCAAGAUAUCCACCUUUGAGAAGAUGUGGGCCUUCAUGAGCAGCAAGCCCUCGGCGUUGGUGAAGAACAAUGAGGAGGGCAUCCAGAGGACCCUGACGGCUGACUACGCUCUGCUCAUGGAGUCCACGACCAUCGAGUAUGUCACCCAGAGGAACUGCAACCUCACCCAGAUCGGGGGCCUCAUCGACUCCAAGGGCUAUGGCAUCGGCACACCCAUGGGCUCCCCGUACCGGGACAAGAUCACCAUCGCCAUCCUGCAGCUGCAGGAGGAGGACAAGCUCCACAUCAUGAAGGAGAAGUGGUGGCGAGGCAGCGGGUGUCCCGAGGAGGAAAACAAAGAGGCCAGCGCCCUGGGCGUCCAGAAGAUCGGGGGCAUCUUCAUCGUCCUGGCCGCCGGGCUGGUCCUGUCCGUGCUGGUGGCCGUGGGCGAGUUCGUGUACAAGCUCCGCAAAACAGCGGAGCGAGAGCAGCGUUCCUUCUGCAGCACCGUAGCCGAUGAGAUCCGUUUCUCCCUUACCUGCCAGCGUCGGGUCAAGCACAAACCACAGCCGCCCAUGAUGGUCAAGACUGACGCCGUCAUUAACAUGCACACGUUCAACGAUCGCCGGCUUCCGGGCAAGGACAGCAUGGCCUGCAGCACAUCACUGGGCCCUGUGUUCCCCUAAGCACAGGCGGGGUGGGACCGAAGGCCUGGGGCAGGGCAGAGGAAAGCAAAGGAGACUGGAAGGCACCUCACCUGUGCCCACACUGGGCCUGGGGGCCAGAGCAGUUUGUCUGCCUGCUGGGCCACGAGCCCUCUGCCCUCACCUGUCAGGAAACCUGCAGGCCCCCGCUUGCCUCUUGUUUCUUCUGUGGGUUUCUAAAGCCGCCAGCCGAGACAGCCAAGGCCAAAGGAAGCACAUGCCUCUCAGGCCAAACUCCACCUGCCCCUCAAUUCUCCUCGACAGUCAGAAGUUUCUAUCACGGCCCUGCAGAGGCGAAAGAAAAUGAGAAACAGCUCUUAUAUUGCCACUCUUUCCCCAUGAGUGCAGGCCUCCUGGGCCUUGACUGUGAGGCCAGAGACAAACCCUGGGUACUUUAAGGAUUGUAGUGUGGCUGCCACUGGGACCUGAAGGUGGGGAGUGGCCACCCCACAUAUCUUGGGCAGAAGGAAGACCUCCAUCCCUCAGAGUCUGCUCACAUAGUCUUGGUCUUUGUGGACUUGGCAUCAUCUGUGGCAGCCCUUGUCUUUGCAAAGUUGAAAGCAGAGAGCCCCAUAGAGAAAAAGGGAAGUUUGGAGUAUGGGAGAGAGGAGAAUGCACAGAGGCUGCCAUUUUGAAUUCUUAUUGACAAUGUCUAGUGGGUCCCUUUCCUCAAGGAGGUGUCCAGGAGUAUACAGUAGGGGGAGUGGUCAGAGCCAAUUUUCUACUUUCUGGCCAGAGGAUAGAGGGCCCCCCUGAAUCUCUCACAAAAGAUAAAGAGAAUCAUUCAAUAUUUGAAGCCAGAAGAACAAUGGAUUCCAUGGAAAUCCCAUAGGCCCUUGAGCCAUUGGGUCUCAUUUGGCUGGUUCCUGGGCUGUUUUUUAAACCCUCGUGGUAUUUGAGAGCUUGGGCUCUUUGCCAUCUACUCAUCAGCAACUCCCCAUUCCUGGCCAGUUGACCUUGCCCUCUUUCUGUCCUCUUGGAAGGAGAAGAGAAGCCUGAGUUGAAGUGAAAGUCCUCACCCCUCCUCAAAAGAAGGAUCACAGCCUGCUGCACAGGCUAACUUUGGGGUAGAUGGGGGAAAGCCAGAAGGUCCCUAAAGAACUCUUGGUGUCCUGGAUUUGCCAAACCUAAAGAUGCUCCCUAGAAGAAGAAAGUUUUUAGGGACAGGAUAUGAGAGCUGGUAGAGGCCCCAAGGAUGCUGAAAGAAGAGCUGCCUCCCAGAGAAUUAACCAAAGACCCCACACAGAGACACAGGCCAUCUUGUCCCCAGUCUCUUGUCCAGAGCAGUUUGGACUUAGUGGGGUUAGGGGGUACAGCAAAGACAUCGUAGCAGAUGGGGUAACAGUCAGGGUGGACCAGAUGAUCUAUGGGUUCUGGCCAUGUAGGAUGGAUGCCCUAGAGGUCUGAAGAUUCUAGAAAAAGAAUGAGACAUGAAAAGGUUAGGAGCCAAGUGUCCUUAAAGAGAACAUGAUGGGGCCAGCAGGGCUUCCCAUUGCCAAGGGCAGAGGACAGUCUCUGAGCAGGGGAGGGAGGGCUGGAGGUUCCAGACAGAGACCCAGAAGACACGAGCUACCGCCCUUCCACCUGUGUCUUAUUCUGCUUGGGGAGUCUGGUUAGGGAAGAGCUCCAUUCAGAUCUCAAGGGCCUUCUCAGCUGGGGGUAAGGGUAACCUCCAGCCCCCCCCAAAGCAGGAGUGUACAGUUGACUCAUGUGAUACAUCCCAUUCCUCCUCCCCCCUGUGAGCUGCAGGACCAAACCAGCCAGUUCCCACAAUCCCAGCAGCUCCAACAGGCUGUGCACUUGGGAGGUGGGAGAAGAGAGCUGGACAUGAGGCAUUGCCAACAUGUAAUGACAGGAAAAGCCAUGCUGUCGUGAGCUGUCGUGAGCUUCCGCACUUAGGAGUGCGUGCGUGCAUAUGUGUGUGUGUGUGUGGGUGUGUGGGUGUGUGUGUGUGGAUGGGUGUAUGAGCUUUAGGGGCCGGGGCCUAAGGAUAGAUUUGAACAUCUGACAGAGUCCAGGGCAUAAUAUAAUAAGAAUCCUUGGGUUCUGAUGUGCAUGCGCGCACACAUGUGUGUGCGUUUGGGAUGAGGGAGACAGAUCCAGACAAGCAGCAGAGCCCCAUACAUGUAAAAACAGAAGAAGCCAUGUUUCACUGGGGCUCUGGUGAGUAUACAUACGUGUACACGCAUGCACAAGUGGGUAUGCUUUGUGUGUGUGUGUGUGUGCGUGCACGUGCGUGCACAUUUAUGCACCAAUGGCAGAGGUUGGAGGACAGGAUAAAACCCUAAGCAUUGCCAAGUGUUGAAAAGGAGAAGCCAUGUAAUCAAGGGGUCCACGUGUGAGCACAUGUGUGUGUGUGUGGGCUCGUGUGUGCAGCAGAGAGCAGGAGGGAGGACAGGAGUGGACAGACGGACAGCCCAGGUCAGGGCAUGUAUGCAAGAAGCCAUGCGGAACUGGCGUUUCUUAGUGUUGGGGGGAAUGUUCUCGCACACGUGUGUUUGUGCUCACACAUGUGCUCCCAGCUCGCAGCAGAAGCAGAGAUGGACAAACAGGAAUGCACGGAAUCAGGGUCUACUUGCACUGCUGUUGUGGGGGAGAGAUCAUUUGUCACGAGGAUUUGUCGGGAUCAUGUGCUUUCGUGUAUGAGGCUCUGUGAACGUGCCGUGUUCUUCUGAGGCUGCGCUCAUACCAGGACUGAUGGGGGGAGAAGGAGAGGGGGCGUGGGCUGGGAAGGUGCUUCAUUGGAGGAAUGAAGAAUCGUGGGUAUUGGAGGAGCAAUUCCAGUAGGGAAGUCCCCCAGAAGGCACUAAAAUGAUUUGGAGUGACAUGCUGCCUGACUCCCCCUCCCACUAACUAAUGUGCAAACUCCAGCUGGUGCCCUUUGUUUGACUUUGAAGCCAGCCCAGGGUCCCAAGUGCAGUGGAAACCGCCCCUGCCCGAGCAUGAGCUGUUGUCUCUCCCAGGGCAGCAAAGGUGCCAGGUGACACUGCUACUUCCGGGGGAGAGGAGGGGGAGAAGGUACUCCCACCGAGGCAGAUCAAGAGGAAGUAAAGACAGAGCCCGCCGUGCCAGCAGGUGCACACCAGAGCUGCAGGGUGGCACUGCCCACACAUGGUGUGGCACUGUGGUAGGUCCGUGGAAGUGUAAAAGUUGGCUUUUGAUGGAACAGAAGAUGGGACUUGCCUGAGCACCUGCCAGACCAUCCUUGUCUGGCCGCACAUGGCUUCCCUUCACAGAACAUUGACCCCAACCUUCCACCGCGUCUCCUACCCACAAGACCAGUGCCUCCUGUCAGCCUGCUCAGCCUGGCCAAAAUGAGGGGCAGCAGUGAGGAGACCCCCCUCCUCACCAGCCACCCUGGGGAUUUGGGAUGCUGAAUCCUCCUCUUCUCCCUCCCCUUGACCCGUCCCUGGUCUCCGGGACAGAGAAGAAAACCCUGACCGUUUUGUUGCCGCUCAGGUGGGCCCACUCUGCGAGUGUCUCUCCAGAGGACUAAGGCUCUCUUGGCAGAUGAGCUGACUCUGAGUCUCUGAAGGGUUGGAGGGCCUCCCCACCCCCACCUCACAGCCAAGACUGCCUCAACUACAAGAGCACAUCCGCCUCCCUCCCCAAUGCACUUGGCAGACAGACCUGCCGCCCAGAAUGGGGGAGGGGACUGAAGGUUCCACUUGGCGAGAAGUCCCUCCCCUCCUCACAAUGGAGGAGAGCAGAGGACAGACCCGGGGACACGCUCACUAAGAACAGUCAGAGGCUCCCUCCUUGCCUUCUUUUCCAGAGGGUACUGUGUGGAGGUUGGUAAGCCGUCACUUCAGCAUGAAGCUGGUCCCCAUUUCUCAGCUAUAUGCGCAAACAUCUGGAAGGUAGCCAAACUCUGGCCCGUGUCUGGACUGGCCCUGGGUGGGUGGCCAUCUGGAAGGGGCCCAGCGAUCUGGAUGAACAGCUGUAAGGACCUAACACCUGCGAUGUACCGACCCCUUGGACAGAUGCAAGAAGUGAGCCCCAUUCUGUGGACAGGUCCAGAGUAGACACAUCUGGAGCAGUCAGCUCCCAGCCUGAACGGACGCAUCUGGAAUGGGCCCAGCCGCUUGCCACAGCAGGAGGGCCCUGUCCUCUGUCUCCACGCCGGUUUGAGUCACGCUACCAUUUUUCAGUCAUGGAUUUGCCCUGGAGUCAAAGUUUCAGAGCCGAGGCCAUAUGUGAAGUCACAAAACUGUUUUUGGUAGAAGGUUAAUGUUCUGUACAAUAUAUAUAUGAAUGUAAAAAGAUAUAUAUAUAUAUGCUGUAUAUAUAUAUAUAUAUGCGCAGUGUACAUAUGACCCAUAACCCAUGUGUAUACACACCCCUCCCUGCACGUCUGCACACAGAGCGUACAUAGCCCAGCCAGCAUGGGUGGGGACCAGCCGAGGGAUGAGGCGAUAGCAGCAAAGUCUGGAAUGGAUCCGCCUGGGGCAGGGGCUGCAGAGAGCUCCGUGGGGAUGGGGAAGGCCCUGCAUACAUCCGAGCUCCAAACCCUGAAGAGGGGCCCAACCACAGGCGCUGGGGGGUCCUCAUGGGGUGGGGGGCAGGGCAGGAGAGACCGACAGGGCCUGUGUCCUAGGAGCAAUGUCCCACUGGGACUUGACUCCUGGGACCGGUGCUUGUCACAAUGGCCAGGUAGGUGUCAGGCUCCACCUGGAAUACCCUGAAAGGCUGGAACGUUCUAGGUGGCCAAGGUCUCUGCCUCAGAGUCUUACUCCGCACACAGAGAGGAAGAAAAGGAUUUUUCAAGAGAAUGUCCCCAGAGGCACCGUCAGCAGGCCAGUGCGAUGUCCCAGUGCCCUACUUACGGGCCCUGUCCCCAUCCUCUGCCUUCUAGAACAGAAGACCUCAGACCGCCCUGCAGUGGGUCUCUAUGUUACGGACUGAAACUCUGGGGCCUCCUGAUACGGGGAAGCUGCUGUAGUAAUACCAGUAAUGCCAGCAAGCCUGUCCCACUGCAGAUGACCUCCCCAGACUCAUCUGACCCAGAGACCAGCUGGCAGGAAGUAGCCGAGGAGCCAGAAAUGUGAACAGUGCAGGGACACCCAGUGAUAGAUGAGAAGCCAGCAAGGCCCUCGGCCCUAGCAUGGCCCAAGCCAUCCGUCUGCAUCCCCUCCCCUUCUAUAUCUCCCCCAGCAAGGUGGUCCGCUGGGAGCACUCCCGCCCCCCACUGUACUGCAGACCUCUGGCCCUGCCCCACCUGGGCCCUCCUGUUCUAAAGAAUGCCAGUCUUUUCGAUAGUGGUCCUGCCUGUGUCACCGGUCAGAGCGCCUCUGGAGUCUGCAAGGGAGAAGGUCCUUGGAGCAGGCUUCCGUGUGGUCAGCAGCCUGCCUUUUGCUCUGGUCCCGUAUGUCAGGCUGGCGUGCACUUAAUCUGCCUCUGGCUCCCCACCCCACCCCCUGCCAGAGCACAUCCGAACCCAGCCCCAUGAGGAGGGGCCUGUCCUGGCUCCAGGGGCCCUCAUGCCACUGUGCUCCAAACCCCCACCCCAUCUCUGCCUGGGCGAACUUCCUGGCUGGGGCUCCCUUGUCGGGAACUUGGGUUCCCAGCCCCAGGGCGGAGCCCCCAGACAGGGCCGUGUAAGACCCCUGGCCUGCCCCACCACCCAGACCAGAGUGCCUGGAUGCUCUGCUCUCCCACUCACCAUGGUUCCCACACACUGGUCUCUGGGCCAUUCAGGGGAUGCCCUUUGUGGACAUGCAGAAUUUCUAUGAAUAUAGUUUUUUGUAAACAUUUUGUAACGAUUUGGGUUUCAUAGUAACUGUGUUACUUGCCAAUCAUUCUAGGCUGAUGUAAAUAACUUUCCAAACAAAUCUGAUUAUUUUCCUUUUUAAGACACUGUGAUAUAUCAAAGUGCACAGUUUGCUGUAUGAAGUAAUAUGGUUUUAAAUUUUAAAUAAAGAAACGUUUCUAGAAAACA